UUACACAGACAAAGGAGAAAAGCCUGAAGGAGGCAAAUUUCUGCACUUCCACUCUCUCACAUUCUGGGUUGGAAAUGCUAAGCAGGCUGCCUCGUUUUAUUGUAAUAAAAUGGGAUUUGAAGAACUGGCCUAUAAGGGCCUGGAAACUGGCAGCAGAGAAGUGGUGUCUCAUGUAAUACAGCAGGAUAAGAUCAUAUUUGUCCUCUCAUCUGCUCUCAACCCUGAAAAUGAAGAAAUGGGAAAGCACUUGGUGAAGCAUGGAGAUGGUGUAAAAGACAUUGCAUUUGAAGUCGAGGAUUGCGACUUCAUUGUGGAGAAAGCUAAAGAGCGUGGGGCAGUGAUAGUGAAAGAGCCCUGGGUAGAGGAAGACAAAUAUGGAAAAGUGAAAUUUGCAGUCAUCCAGACGUAUGGAGACACGACACACACGUUAAUAGAAAAUCUUAACUACAAAGGUCUCUUCUUACCUGGCUUUGAGCCGCCUCUCUUCAAAGACCCACUGUUGCCAAAGCUACCAAGUGGCAAGCUGAGUUUCAUUGACCACGUGGUGGGGAACCAGCCGGAUCUUCAGAUGGUCCCUGUGGCAGAAUGGUACCAGAAGAACCUUCUGUUUCAUCGGUUCUGGUCUGUGGAUGAUAAACAACUGCACACACAGUUCAGUGCCCUGCGUUCCAUUGUGGUCGCCAACUAUGAAGAGACCAUAAAAAUGCCCAUAAACGAGCCAGCAAUGGGCAAGAAAAAAUCCCAGAUUCAGGAAUAUGUUGAAUACUAUGGAGGAGCUGGAGUCCAGCAUAUUGCUCUGAAUACCCCUGACAUUAUUACUGCUGUCACCAAUCUGAAACAACGGGGCAUGGAGUUUAUCAGGGUUCCAGCCACUUACUACCACCAACUGCGAGAGAAGCUGAAAUCUGCCAAAAUCAAGGUUAAGGAAAACAUCGACAAACUGGAGGAACUGAAAAUCUUAGUUGACUUUGAUGAGAAAGGAUACCUGCUUCAGAUCUUCACUAAACCCGUUCAGGAUAGACCCACUGUCUUUCUGGAAGUCAUACAACGCCACAACCACCAGGGAUUUGGUGCUGGAAAUUUCAAGUCUUUGUUUCAAGCUAUAGAAGAUGAUCAGGAUGCAAGAGGAAACCUUACCGUACUGACAGCAAAUGGAGAAACUAAUUUCAUCUAG